AUGAUUUUAGUGAUAAAGAAGUGUGUUCACAGAGAGCGGAAGAGGAGUGGUGUUUGUGAGGAGGAGCAGCUGCCCUGCUGUCCUUUGUGUCAGGACGUCCUGAAGGAUCCAGUCUCUACCAGCUGUGGACACUGGUUCUGCAGACAGUGCAUCUCUUCAUACUGGGACCACUCUGCUUCAUCAGGAGACUCCUCCUGUCCCCAGUGUGGAGAAAGAUCCAGAAGCAAAGCUGGACUGCAGACAGCCAGUCAGAGCAGCUGUGUACAAACAGAUGUUGGUCUGCAGGAGGUUUUAGAUGAACAUAAGAUCAGUCUGAGGACGAGAUGUGAACAUGUGACUGAAGCAAGUGAUGAAACAGGAAGUAGAACCCUCCUAAACAGGAUCUACACUGAGCUCUACAUCACAGAGGGACAGAGUGAAGAGAUUCAUACCCAACAUGAGGUGAGGCAGCUGGAGACAGCUUCCAAGAUGGAUGCCCUCCAUGACACUCCAAUCAGGUGCCAGGACAUCUUUAAAGCCUUCCCUGACCAACAGAGACCCAUCAGAGUGGUUCUGACCAAUGGCGUGGCUGGUGUUGGAAAAACCUUCUCAGUGCAGAAGUUCACUCUGGACUGGGCAGAGGGCUUGGAGAACCAACAUGUCAGUGUGGUGGUUCUGCUUUCAUUCAGGGAGCUGAACCUGAUCAGAGAUGAGCAGUACAGUCUUCUGGAGCUGCUCCAUGUUUUCCAUCCAACAUUACAGAAGGUCACAGCAGAGAAGCUGGCUGUCUCUCAGCUUUUGUUCAUCUUUGACGGCCUGGAUGAAAGCAGACUUUCAUUGGAUUUCACCAACAGGAAGCUGCUGUCUGAUGUCACACAGAAGUCAUCAGUCAGCCAGCUGCUGACAAACCUCAUCCAGGGGAAUCUGCUUCCCUCGGCUCUCGUCUGGAUCACUUCCCGACCUGCAGCAGCCAAUCAGAUCCCUCCUACAUGUGUUGACAGGCUAACAGAAGUACGAGGCUUCACUGACGCCCAGAAGGAGGAGUACUUCAGGAGGAGAUUCAGUGAUGAAGAGCUGUCCAGCAGAAUCAUCUCCCACAUGAAGACAUCCAGGAGCCUCCACAUCAUGUGUAGUAUCCCAGUCUUCUGCUGGAUCACUGCUACAGUUCUGGAGCACAUGUUGACUACAGAGCAGAGAGGAGAGCUGCCCAAGACCCUGACUGACAUGUACUCACACUUCCUGCUGAUUCAGACAAAGAGGAAGAAGAACAAGUACCAUGAGGGACAUGAGACGAGUCCACAGGAGCUGACGGAGGCUGACAGGGAAGUUCUUCUGAAGCUGGGGAGGCUGGCGUUUGAACAUCUGGAGAAAGGAAACAUCAUGUUCUACCAAGAAGACCUGGAGCAGUGUGGUCUGGAUGUGACAGAGGCCUCGGUGUACUCAGGAGUUUGUACAGAGAUCUUCAAAAGAGAGUGUGUGAUCUUCCAGAAACCAGUCUACUGCUUUGUUCAUCUGAGCAUUCAGGAGUUUCUGGCUGCAGUCUACAUGUUCCACUGUCACACCAACAGGAAGACAGAGGUGCUGAAGAACUUCCUAAAAUCAAAAUCUUUGACCAAGAUGAUUUCAGGUCUUUUUGAUAACAGAGAUCUCCAAUCACUUAAUGUUUUACUGAGCAGAGUCAUGUAUAAAUCCCUCCAGAGUCAAAAUGGCCACCUGGACCUGUUUGUUCGCUUCCUUCAUGGCCUCUGUCUGGAGUCCAACCAGAGACUCUUAGGAGGUCUGCUGGGUCAGACAAAGAUCAGUCCAGGAACCAUCCAGAGAGUCAUCAACAACCUGAAGAAGAUGAACAGUGAUAAAAUCUCUCCUGAAAGAAGCCUCAACAUCUUCCACUGUCUGAUGGAGAUGAACGACCUCUCAGUACAUCUGGAGAUCCAAGAGUUCCUGACAUCAGAGAACAGAUAUAAGGAACUCUCUGAGAUCCAGUGCUCAGCUCUGGCCUUCAUGCUGCAGAUGUCAGAGGAGGUUCUAGAUGAGUUGGACCUGCAGAAGUACAACACAUCAAAGCGGGGACGACUGAGACUGAUUCCAGCUGUGAGGAACUGCAAAAAGGCUCUACUGAUUGGCUGUGAACUCAAAGACACUCACUGUGAAGUUGUGGCCUCAGCUCUGAAGUCCAACCCCUCCCAUCUGACAGAGCUGGACAUGAGUGGAAACAAGCUGCAGGAUUCAGGUGUGAAGCUUCUGUGUGCUGGACUGGAGAGUCCAAACUGUCGACUGGAGACUCUGAGUUUGAGGAGCUGUGGUUUGUCAGAGAUCAGCUGUGAUUAUCUGGCAGCAGCACUGAAGUCCAACCCCUCCCAUCUGAGAGAGCUGGAUCUGAGUGGAAACAAGCUGCAGGAUGCAGGAGUGAAGCAGCUGUGUGGUUUCCUGGAGAGUCCAGGAUGUGGACUUGAAACUCUGAGAUUGAAGGACUGUGGUUUAUCAGAGAUCAGCUGUUUUUAUCUGGCAGCAGCACUGAAGUCCAACCCCUCCCAUCUGAGAGAGCUGGACCUGAGCUGGAGCAACCUGCAGGAUUCAGGAGUGAAGCAGCUGUGUGAUUUCCUGGAGAGUCCAGGAUGUGGACUUGAAACUCUGAGGUUGUGGAGCUGUGGUUUGUCAGAGAUCAGCUGUGAUUAUCUGGCAGCAGCACUGAAGUCCAACCCCUCCCAUCUGAGAGAGCUGGAUCUGAGUGGAAACAAGCUGCAGGAUUCAGCAGUGAAGCAGCUGUGUGGUUUUCUGGAGAGUCCAGGAUGUGGACUUGGAACUCUGAAAUUGGAGCUCUGUGGUUUGUCAAAGAUCAGCUGUGGUUAUCUGGCAGCAGCGCUGAAGUCCAACCCCUCCCAUUUGAGAAAGUUGGACCUGACCUACAAUAACCUAAAGGAUCCAGAUGUGAAGCAGCUGUCUGAUCUUAAGAAGAGUGCAGACUGCAGACUGGAGACUCUGGAACUGACUCUGUGUGGACUCUCAGAGACUCACUGUGAAGUUGUGGCCUCAGCUCUGAAGUCCAACCCCUCCCAUCUGACUGAGCUUGACAUGAGUGAGAACAACCUGCAGGAUUCAGCAGUGAAGCUUCUGUGUGCUGGACUGGAGAGUCCAAACUGUCGACUGGAGACUCUGAGAUUGAGGGACUGUGGUUUGUCAGAGAUCAGCUGUGAUUAUCUGGCAGCAGCGCUGAAGUCCAACCCCUCGUAUCCCAGAGUGCUGGACCUGAGUGGAACCUACAACAACCUGCAGGAUUCAGGAGUGAAGCAGCUGUGUGUUCUUCUAGAGAAUCCACGAUGUCGAUUUGAAACUCUGAGACUGAGUCACUGUGACCUGUCAGAGAGAAGCUGUGAAACUCUGGCCUCAGGUCUCAGCUCUCAGACCUCUAAUCUGAGACAGCUGGACCUGAGUAACAUUAACCUGAAGGAUUCAGACGUGAAGCUUCUGUCUGAAGGACUGAAGAGUCCACACUGUACACUGGAAACUCUCAGUCUGUCAGGCUGUCUGAUCACAGAGGAAGGCUGCACUUCUCUGGCCUCAGCUCUGAGCUCCAACCCCUCCCAUCUGAGAGAGCUGGACCUGAGCUACAAUCAUCCAGGAGACUCAGGAAUGAAGCUGCUGUCGGCUGGACUGAAGGAUCCAGGCUGGAGACUGGACAUUCUCAGGGUGGAGCCUGCUGGAGUCCGAUGGUUGAGACCAGGUCUGAGGAAGUAUUCCUGUCAACUCACAAUCGACACAAACACAGUGAACACAAAGCUCCAACUGUCUGACAACAACAGGAAGGUGACACAUGUGGAGGAGGUUCAGUCAUAUCCUGAUCAUCCAGACAGAUUUGAUGUUUGUCAGCUGCUGUGUAGAAAUGGUCUGACUGGUCGCUGUUACUGGGAGGUCGAGUGGAGAGGAAACGUUCGUAUAUCUGUGAGUUACAGAAGCAUCAGAAGGAAAGGAGACAGUAAUGACUGUGUGUUUGGAGGGAAUGAUCAGUCCUGGAGUCUGAUCUGCUCUGAUCGUGGUCCUCGUUCUGUCAGGCACAAUAUCAGACAAACAUCCAUCUCCUCCUCCUCCUCCUCCUCCUCUGUCUCUAACAGAGCAGCAGUGUAUGUGGACUGUCCUGCUGGCACUCUGUCCUUCUACAGAGUCUCCUCUGACACUCUGAUCCACCUCCACACCUUCAACACCACAUUCACUCAAACUCUUUAUCCUGGGUUUAUGGUCUGGCCUGGUUCCUCAGUGUCUCUGUGCUGAGUGUAAAGAGUGUCUCCUGUUAGAGAAACACUCUGACUGUUGAACAGAUAGUUCAGUCUGUACAUGUCUGUCUCUUUCACUCACAAACACAUUUUCAGAUUCAUGGAUUCAAUCAGUUGAUGUUUGAAACUCUUCUCAAUGAUUCCUUGUAAACUUCUUCCUCUUCAGUCACAAACAAACAGGAAGUGAUGUCACAUGUGUUCCUGUCCACAGCAGAAUGAGUCUAUUGC